CCCACUCUUGGCUGGCUGAGGGUUCGCGACCGGCCAUGGCGGCGGCCGUAGCUGCGUGGCCUUGGGCUCUGCUGUGCCUGGCGGCGGUGCCGCCGCCGCUCUCCCCGGGAGCGGCCGGCCUGUCUUGUUGUUACCAUGCGAAGGACAAUCUAAUGUGCCGGGAUGUUUGUGAACAGAUUUUGUCUUCUAAGAGUGAUUCCCGUUUAAAACAUUUACUGCAACGGGCACCUGAAUACUGUCCAGAAUCAAUGGGAGAAGUUUGGGGUUGUAUAAAUUCUUCUUUGCCAGGAGUUCUGAAGAAGUCUGAUGGUUGGGUUGGUUUAGGUUGCUGUGAGCUAGCUAUUGCUGUGGAAUGUCGGCAAGCAUGUAAACAGGCUUCUUCAAAGAAUGAUAUUUUAAAAGUCUGUAGAAAGGAAUAUGAGGAGGUUGGCCAAUAUGUGUUGAAGGAGAACGGGAGAGGAAAGAAUGCUCUCUUUAGUUGUAUUAACAGAAAUGAAAUGGGGUCAAUCUGUUGCAGUUAUGCAGGUCAUCAUACAAACUGUCGAGAAUAUUGUCAAGCAAUUUUUCGGACAGACUCCUCUCCUGGUCCUUCACAAAUAAAAGCAGUUGAAAAUUACUGUGCAUCAAUUAGCCCUCAGCUGAUACACUGUGUGAACAACUACACGCAAUCCUAUCCAAUGAGAAAUCCUACAGAUAGUUUGUACUGUUGUGAUAGAGCAGAAGACUAUGCAUGUCAGACUGCUUGUAAAAGAAUUCUAAUGUCAAUGAAAACAGAGCUUGAAAUUGUUGAUGGACUUAUAGAAGGCUGCAAAACGAUGCCUCUUCCUCAGGAUCCACUUUGGCAAUGUUUUCUUGAGAGUUCAAGGUCUGUUCACCCAGGAGUCACUGUGCACCCUCCACCUUCAACAGGCCUCGAUGGAGCAAAACUUCAUUGCUGUUCUAAAGCAAACUCUUCCACAUGUAGGGAGCUCUGCACUAAGCUUUAUAGCACGAGCUGGGGCAGUUCACAGAGUUGGCAAGAAUUUGAUCGCUUUUGUGAGUAUAAUGCAGUUGAAGUUUCCAUGUUGACCUGUUUAGCAGAUGUACGAGAACCUUGUCAGCUGGGCUGUAGAAAUCUUUCUUACUGCACUAAUUUUAAUAACAGACCAACAGAACUUUUCAGAAGCUGCAAUUCGCAGUCAGACCAAGGAGCCAUGAAUGACAUGAAGCUUUGGGAAAAAGGGAGUAUUAAGAUGCCAUUUAUAAAUAUUCCUGUUCUUGAUAUUAAUAAAUGCCAACCAGAAAUGUGGAAGGCAAUUGCCUGCUCACUGCAGAUUAAACCUUGCCACAGCAAAUCUAGAGGAAGUAUUAUCUGCAAAUCAGAUUGUGUGGAAAUACUAAAGAAAUGUGGAGAUCAUAAUAAAUUCCCUGAAGGCCACUCAGCUGAAAGUAUUUGUGAGCUCUUGUCUCCAACAGAUGACUUGGAGAACUGCAUUCCUUUGGAUACAUACCUGAGUCCAAGUUCUUUAGGAAACAUUGUGGAAGAUGUUACUCAUCCAUGUAAUCCAAAUCCAUGUGCAGCUAAUCAGUUGUGUGAAGUAAAUAGAAAAGGAUGUCAGUCUGGAGAAUUGUGCCUUCCCUAUCUGUGUGUACCAGGCUGCAAACUGGGAGAAGCCUCGGAUUUUAUUGUCCGUCAAGGUACACUUAUUCAGGUUCCAUCCUCAGCUGGUGAUGUUGGUUGUUACAAGAUUUGCACCUGUGGACACACUGGAUUGCUAGAAAAUUGUGUAGAAAUGCAUUGUGUUGACCUCCAAAAAUCAUGCAUUGUUGGAGGACAAAAAAAAAGCCAUGGGACAUCUUUUAAUAUAGACUGCAAUGUCUGUUCAUGUUUUGCUGGGAACUUGAUAUGUUCCACACGUCAGUGCUUAACUGAGCACAGUUCAGAAGAUGAACGUCGGAAGUUUACAGGUUUGCCAUGUAACUGUGUAGAUCAGUUUGUACCAGUGUGUGGUCAGAAUGGGCGCACGUACCCAAGUGCAUGUAUCGCUAGAUGUGUUGGCCUCCAAGACAAUCAGUUUGAAUUUGGAUCGUGUAUUUCCAAGGAUCCUUGUAACCCUAACCCUUGUAGUAAAAAUCAAAGAUGCAUUCCAAAGAAACAAGUUUGCUUGACUAGUUUUGGAAAGUUUGAAUGUAGCCAACAUGAAUGUGUGCCAAGGCAAUUAAACUGUGACCAGACACAGGAUCCUGUUUGUGACACGGACGGCGUGGAAUACAGUAAUGUGUGCAUUCUGUACCAAAAAGGAAAAAAUCUGGCCUAUCGAGGACCAUGCCAGCCAUUCUGCAAAUCAGUAGAACCUGUAUGUGGACAUAAUGGGGAAACCUACAGCAGUGUGUGCGCUGCCUAUUCUGACCGCGUGGCCGUUGACUAUUAUGGGCCCUGCCAGGCUGUAGGUGUGCUCUCAGACUAUGGCUUUCACACAGAGUGUGCCUUUGUUAAAUGUCCCCAGCUUUCUGCUGCUGGCUGCAAACCAGUCGUUGCACCAGGAGCUUGCUGCCCACUGUGCGCUGGAAUGCUGAGAAUAUUAUAUGACAAAGAUAAGCUGGACAACUUUGCAAGGGUAACCAAUAAAAAGCCUAUAACUGUACUUGACAUACUUGAAAAACUCCGCCUGCAUGUUUCCGUGCCACAGUGUGAUGUGUUUGGAUAUUUAAGCAUAGAAUCUGAAAUUGUGAUUCUCAUCAUUCCUGUGGAUCAGAAACCCAAACCAUUGCAGAUUGAAGCCUGCAAUAAAGAAGCAGAAAAGAUAGAGUCGCUGAUCAAUUCAGACAGUCCAACAUUAGCGUCACACGUACCUCUGUCAGCCCUAAUUGCAUCUCAAGUACAAGUUUCGUUUAGCAUUUCUUCUCCUUCUGUUAAAGUGGGGCCAGUGCUGCACUGCCUGUUCAUCAGUUUCUCGUUUACCUUGCUAAAAUUAAUGCAUUACAUAUAGCUACAAAGCAAACACACAACUAUCAAGGUAUUUUACGCUGUGGAGAACAUUGGGAAUUGUUGAUCACCGAAGCAGAAAACACAAACUGUAGAAGACUCGACGCACUGACGUUUCUCAGUGAAGGAGGAGUAUUUGGAAUAAGCUGAAAGAUGAUUCUUUUAUUCCUCACUACCAAAGUGUUUGUUUCAGCACAAUUAGAUCAUUUUCCACAGAUGUACAUUGGAAGGUUCUGACUUCAUGGAUCUCUAUUUGUGAGAAGGUUCUCAGUGUUCAUUUCAGCAGUGAACAAAGCGUUGUGAGUUUAUUGAAAAAUGGUAACUUUGUGUUAUUCAGACAAACAUCAGUGACUGCAAAAUGUACCUGCCUGUUCUAAGCAUCAUUUUUUGAAGAAACAAAGUGCUGCUACUUCAUUACCUUACCAAAAAUAUGAGUUUAUUCUCAUGUAAAUACACUUUCGUAUUUUAUUAUGAAGGAAACUAACCAGGCCUGAGCCUAUUUCAAUGGACAUCUUUACUUGGACCAGUGAAGAUUCAUGGGACGUUGGGCUCAGUGCUUCUGAAAUGACAAUCAAGCUCUAUACCUGAAGUACCUGGAGAAAUGAAGAAAUGUUUUCUUUUUAUAGUUUUGUAUAUUUCAGAAUCUCAUAUUAGAUGCAAAUUUAUAAAGAAUCUCAGUAUCUCUAUUUAAGUGCCAUAUAAAAUAUUGCAGUAUUUGCAUGUUAUCUAAUGAAAAUUAUACUUUAAAUAUGUUUAAAUGUUUACACAGUGUUUUAUUUCUUAUUGUAUUCUAUGCACCUGACCUUACUCUGCAUGAAGUAUUUUGUAUCAGUAUUAUGAUAACCAACUUUUGAAGUAUUUACAGAUUUGUUUUGCCAAAAUGCUGAACUUUGAAAGCACUGAAAACUUUUUGAACAUGUAUGUUAUUGUAGCAUGUCUGUAGCAAAUAUUUUAUGCUAAAUCUUUUAAAUUUAAAAGUAUUAAAGCUUUUUUAUCUUAAUAAAGCUGUUAUUUGUCCUUAUACAGGAAAGCACGUUACAGAAUUCUGCACAACAGUAAUUUCUUCUUUCUUUCUUUCUCUCUCAAAUCAAUACAUAGAACUAAUUACAACUAUUACAUACAUAAGUGACUUACUUAGCUCAAAUUUUCCAAAGAAAGUGAAUUUCAAGUGCCUGGGUUUUACUUUUUUCUUUGCCACAAUUCUGUGUAAUACGAAUGCACACUUUCAGUCUGUGUCAGACUUGAUGAACCACAGAGGAAGGGUAUUUUUUGGGACCAUCAUCAUAAGGUUAUGGUCAGUCACCCAUAGUUUUGAUUUGGUCAUUCUGCACAGUAGUAAAUCUGCACAAACAUUAAGGACAGAUUCAAUACCUUAUUUGUACCCAAAAUUUAAGGCUCAGGGUCUUCCAAGGCAAUCCAAGUCUUUAGCUGUGUAUUCUUGCAAGCCCACACAGUGAUGUUCUUAGAAAAGGAUUCAAAGUGAAUCUCUUGCCAUUGUGGCCUAUUAAUGAAUGAAGAGCAGUUUUAUAUUUUAAGUGCUAAUUUACUGUUUCUGAGCAGUGAGGGUAAUGAGUACAAACUCAGCUCACCUCGGAAAGUGUUCUACAAAGUAUCUACAGGAAGACUGAUGCGCAUAAUCAAAGCCUUGAUAGAAGGAAACAGUUGAACAUCUCUACGGUUUCUUUUUGCAUAUUAGAAACUCCGACACAAGUAUAAUGAAUGAAUGCAUUUGAAAAGCUUUUCUUUCCUCUUUUUUUUAAAAGCUGAAAUAUAGCUUUAAAUGAUCUCUGAAACUGCAUUUUUUUUUGUCAAAUAGUGAGUAUCUACAAAACACUGUUUUUCAACACAGUCACCACCAUCAGCUGUGUACUGCUGCCAGUGGUGAACAAGAGCUUUGUAUGCCACACUCAUAACAAUCUGCAUGGCCAUUCAGAACAUGGACUGGCUUUCGUGUCACUGCUGAAACUCACCACCCCCCACCUCACUGUGCUCACAUCCAUUGUUUGGUCUCCAGAACCAUUUGUAAGUUGAUGAAUGUCACUGGGUGCCAUUCUUUCCGCACGGAGGAAUUCAGUUACACGCCUUUGCUUCAUGCACGCUUCCAAGUCAGACACCAUUUUGUCACACUGCCCCUCUGCUGCCCUCUUUUGCACAGCAACGAAAUGUAAGGGAAUAUUGGUGAGAAGAUUCAUCCUCUAUUGCCAUACCACCAACAUCCACCUCUGAUGCCACGGGCCAAUAGAUAGGAGACAAAAUAGGAGGCAUCAUUCCAGGAGCAGCCCUUGCUCAAGGAAAGACUGAGAGUUUGGAAUGUUCAGCCCAGAGAUGAGAAGGCUUAGGGGAUGUUGUCAAUUUGUACACAUAUGUGAUGGAAAGUAAUAGGGGCGCGUAAGUCAGACCCUUUUCUGUAUUGUCUGCUGAUAGGACAAGACAUAACGGGCAUAAUAAAGAAUAAAAAUAAUACCAGCUGAAUAGAAAAAGAAUGGUUUUACUGUGAGUGAUCAAACACAGGUACUGGUUUCCCAUACAGACUAUGGAAUCUCCCUCCUUCAAAACAUGAUUGGACACACAGUUCUCUGCAACCUGCUCCAGACGUCCUUGCGUGAGCAGGCCUGGUUAAAUAAUUCGGAGAAGUCUCCUUGCAGCUCAUCAAUUUGUGAUUUUGUAAUAAAGAUCCAAAUAGCCAGAAAGGUAGUUUUAUACGUGCUUAACAAUUUGCUGGUCUCCUCGCUUAUUGUGCACUUUAAAACUCUGGCUGUCUCUAGAAUUUGAAACUCUCACCCACAUCAUAUUUUCUUUUUGCAUGCUAAUUGGCCAGGGGUGCAUCAAGAAGAGCGUGGCCAGCAGGUAGAAGGAAGCGAUCCUCCCCCUCUACUCUGCCUGGUGAGGCCACAUCUGGAGUACUGUGUCCAGUUCUAGGCUGCCAAAGCACCAUCAGAUUAAUUACCAGGAGAGGAGCCUCUACUAGGAAUUUGGAAUUAUGGCUUUCAUAAGCACUUGACAAAAUUAAGUGCGUGUGAUAAACAAAGCGCCGGUCAUUUGAUGAAAUUAAAUAAAGCAAAGACCUCGGAUGCGUGGAAUUUUUUAAAGGGUGGUUAACACAGAAAGUCUACUGAAUCCUUAUUUGUCAUUUCACAGCUUAAUGAAUAACUUGCAUUGUAUCUCACCAACAGGUGAUGCCUAGCAACUACUGCUAAAUUCAGAGUAAACUGAAUACUAUGGAAAGUAAUGCCUCCGACUUAUUUCCAUGGAAACUACAGCAGAGACAAAGAGCAUAUUAAUAUUAUUUCACAGAACAGGCUCUCAGCUACGAAACACUAUUUCCCAACAUAGUCAUCACCAUUCAGUGAGCACUUUCACCAGUGAAGAGCAAUAGCCUGCAUUCCUCACUCAGAAAAAUCCACACCUGCAGAGGUGACCCACUGCCACCACUGCUGAAUGCAGCACCCACUGACUCACUGUGCUCACACCCACUCUCUGGGCUUCAGGAACAUUCAGAAAGUGUUGAUGAAUGUCAAGAGGUGCAAAGUUUUCUGCAUGGAGGAAUUCAAUUACAAACCUCUGCUUCAUAUGCACUUCCAUGUAAGAUGCCAUUCUGACAGAACGCCCCUCCACUGCCACCAGUUACAUGGCAACAAAACAUAGUGGAAUAUUGGCAGGAAGGUUCAACCUCUACUGCUAUAUUACCACCAUCCGCUCCCGACAGUGUGGGCCAACAUAAUGAAAUAGGAGGCAUUACUUUCAGAGCAGCCCUUGUACAUCACUGUCUGUUGCACUGUCUGCUCCAAAAACCCCACAGCUGCAUGUGUGCUGAAUUAAAGCAGCAGCCUGCGUUGCUCCAACCUCCUCUUGGCUCUGCUCUCCAGAGAUCUCUGCUGGCCACAGGUACCUCUGGCUCAACUUCUGGAGGCCCCAGACUGCACAGCUCCAGCGUUACCACCUGCCACUGUGAUUCCUCAGAUGGUGAUGGGAAACGGACUCCUCAUACAAGAACAGAUUGUAUGCUUUUAUUUAGUAACAUGAACAACAAUAAUUCUUCCGGGGUUUAUUGCCAAAAUUUGUCACUAGCACACUUCCAGCACAGCUCACCUUUCCUAUCUUGGCUGAGUCCACACACACUCUAUCAAUUUCUCUGUCAAAAACCUCUCAUGUCCAUCUUUUCCCCUCCGAUUUCCUUCAAGGUCCACCUCAUUCCACCUGUUGAAAAGGAACAGGGCAAGGACCUUCAAGCAGUAACUUCACUAUAAUGAAAAACUCCCCAAACUGAAAUCUGUACUUCCAACAUUUGCAGGUAUUUCUAUUCAGGUGUUUCAUUUUGUCAGCUGUGCAUAUAGCUGAGGACAACAGAAACAGUAGCAAGUACCUAGAAUAUCUACUUUGAGAAGAAAAUAUAGGUUCAGUUCACCCAGUAGCCUUAAAUUACAAAGUUUGUUGUUCUGGGUCAUCCGCAAACUAAAGCACAAAGAAUUGUAAGUGCAAUUUUUAGAACUUUUUGUUAGAAUACUUCAGUGUUUUGUUAUACAUGUUGUAUUUUACAUUUUUCUCGUGUGGAGAAAACUUUGGAAUUUUUUUUUAAUUGGGAAGUCUCUUGCCCAGGUUUCCCAACAUUCUGAAGAAGAACAGAAACAACAGCAGGAGAAUCUACAGAUUCAUGAGGAGAUCUUCAGAAUCUCGAUUCUCAGGCAGAGGUCAUGCUUACAAAAGAACCUCUGUAGUUCCUAAUAGAGAUGGAGGCCUCCAGCACUCCAAGCUCUCUCUGUGCAGCACCACCUACCAGCACAAAUUAAUGCAAAGCUGAUCAGCCUGGCUUGCCUGGGCUGCACUGACUGAAGAAUAAUUGUCUCAGGCCACACAUGGAAUAUAUAAAGCAGUUAUUGCACAUAACUAACAAACCUUUGAUGUUUUAUUUAAAAAUAUUUCAAAGAUACAGAAGUAGAAAGCAACAAACCCAUAAAACUAGUGGGAUAUUUGACCUUGUUUUUGUGAAACUAAUGCAUCAGUCUGGUUCAGUGGAAGUGACUGCCAUUCUCAGUGAGUUCUCAAGGUGCCUGCUGUAGAUGUUUGAUGAAAUUCUCAUCUUCCUGUGCCUUACCCUCAAAUUGUUCACAAUUGCACACACUGCCAAAAAGUGACAGCAUGAGAAAGGUGUGACUGUGAAGCAAGGAAUAUCUUUCUGCUCUAAGACAGGGCUUAUAAAAAUCUAGUAAAAAAAUAUGGUAGAAUUUUUCAUUGAGUUGAAUGUCUGACUGCAGCUCUACACAUUCCACUUGAAAAUCUGCAGGUAAUGUAACUGACUGAAAACAGCCACAAAUACAGCAAAAAUUGAUGAUUUUUUCCAGAAAUCUUGAAAUCUAGUCCCAAAUUCCUUUAUCAAAACUGAAAGCAAAGCUGCUCAUUUUUCACUAUUCACAAGACCGUUUAGCCAGUGAAUGAAAAUACAUAUAACUGUUUGCCAUCACUUGAGAGGGCGCAGUGCAGUGCUAACUCAAGUUCUCGUCUCAGCCCACAUCACUGACUGCACACCAGUUUAGUCGUUUCUGAGCGAUGGGUGCAUGCCCAGGGCAGGGCUGCCACAGUGUCACAGGGCAGGGGAGUUGCAGGGCGAGCUGUUCAGGGCCAUGGUGGGCCAUGCUCGGACCAGUAGCUCACAGGAGCCCUGUGGAGCCGCCAUUCCCAGCAUGGUGUGGCUGCACGCAGCCUAAACAACUUCCUUAGUAGAGGUCAUCACCAGUCAGGUGACAACAGGUGACAACAAGUAAUUUUGUGGGAGAUGGUGGGUAACUGUUUCUCCUGAGAUUGCUGAGCAGCCUGCUACCAGCACGUGUCCUUCACUUCCGACACCAGGGCUCAAGCGUUCUCUGCAAGUUCCCCAAGUUGGACACCAGCACACUAAGAGAUGCCUUUGAAGGCCUGGUGGCAAAAGGUUCCGCUGCUCCACUCGGGUGGCCACACUGCAAGUCUCUUGAGCAGAUCAAUCUCUGGGAGAGGCCCUUGCAUUUCCCUACAGAGUGCUCACGUCCCUGCAAGUUGUGCUGCUGGAAUUGCUCACAGCAAUAUAAGCAGCAAGUCCCUAAACCAGCACGAGCUCCUCCUUCCUACUGCACGCAGCCAUGCCACACAUCUCUCUUCAAAACUGAGAAGUCACACAUCCUUCUCAAAAACAGGCUUGUUUCCUAAACUGCACUCAGAUUCUUCUGAGUCUCACUGCCCUAAGUGCUGUUACUACAUGAAUCCACACCAAACACGGUCAGGUUUUAACCUGUGUUUGUGCCAUUUUGUUAUUAUUUGCCAUGAAAAACAGCAGUAAAGAAUGUGAACCCCAACCUCUAUGUACAUGCGAUUGUAAAUCACAUCACUGAGUUUAAGACAGGGAAAACAUUUAUUUGCUUGGUAACAUUUGUAGCCCUUACUGCAUCCCUAUUAGAUUGAACUAACUUCUCCUAGCACAGAUGACCAGAGGUGGAAUGACUGUUGGACCAGAAGUCAUGUUUCAGAUGAAGCAUCAUCUCUGUUUCCAGCAACCAUCUCCUUCCAAUGCCUGGGAGCACACAACAUUGUCACAGCUAUGUCAUAAUGACUGCAGGAUAACUCAGCUAGUCAUUAGAGACAAUUCCCUAAACACGAUGUUGUAAUUACUCCAGCACUCACGUAUUUAAAGAUGCUCAAGGCUUUACUUCCAAGUGUAACAAGUUAAUAAAUCUAGUUACACCACUUGCAUUUUCCACAUCGUAACAUUACUAAAACCUGUCCUAAAAGCCAUCUUACAAGGAAUUCUAUUCCAGAAUAAGAAGCCACAACACAGCAGAUUCAGCUGCACUGCCCACCAGCUCUAUGCUCUGGCUCCCAUCUCUGCCCACACACAACACUCCCACCCAUAGGAUCAUUGCAGAUCACCUUACUUUUGGCUCUGGUGAUGACCAGAGAAUUAAGUGCUGCCACUGUGACAUUAAUCUGACAAAACUUGAUCCCAUGCAUCGUUACACAUUCAGCACCAGUCUUCUGCACCACCUUUUCUAAAAAGACCCUGCUGCCAAACCCUGUGCUUGACAGUACAGCAACACACUUUGCUCAAGGGGACAGACUUCCACAUUUCUCAUUGGAGUCUGCUAUCUACCAGAUUGACUUCUCACCCUUUUCACCGUUCCUUCUGCAAACAAUAUGUCUGCAGUCCUUGCUUUAUCAUCUCUUUUUUACUAUCAUUUAUUGUGACUGUUCUUGAGUUGCUGUCCUGAUUUAUUUCUGUCUGACACUCAAUCUCCCACUCUAGAUGUAGGGCAGACAAGAAACAACACAUUUUCUACUUAGCAAGCCUGUCAUAUACCAUGCAUAGCAAUGCUGCUUCAUAGACUUCUCGUUUUAUUUAAAAUUGAGUAUCUUUUUCACUUCCAAAUGAACUGCUGGCAAAACAACACAGCAAUUCUGAAACUGCAAACUAAUCAGCGCUUUUUGUAGAACCACCCACGUCCCAUGACAAAUACAUGCACUGCUACUUGUUGAGUUCUUUGCUUUCUUGGUGCAGGCUGCCAGACAAAACAGCUACCAAUCUCAGCCUUUAAGACUUCAUAUGCUGCAGCAGCAAGAACUGCUGCUUCUUUAACAGGCAGACAGCCAAAAUAAAAGAACAGCACUUCUGUAGACUUUCAAAGCCUCUGCUUCCCUUGAUUUUGGAAUGAGGUGGGUUUUUGCGUUUGUUUGUUUGGGGUUUUUCUGCUUGUUUUAGCACACCACUAAGUAGAAUACUGGAUUAAUAAAUACAGUCCACAGAAAAUGAGAAGACAGGCAUCCAGUGCACGUUCAUAUUCCUGGUAUUUGCAGAACCACAUUCUUCUCAAACAUGCAGGAGAGUACUAAGCUCACACUGCAUAUGCAAAGUGUAACUCAGAACACUCAACACAUCCAAAGAAACAAACAAAACACAACAUACACAUCUGGGGAUCUCCUAAAUGAGUAAAAAGAGACACACGUGGUCACAGGUGCAACUUGCCCCUCGAGUCCAAAGCAGGAACAAUGAGACAUGCAGGCAGUAAAACAAGGUGAUAUCCUAGACUUCACACGCAGCACCACCAAUUCCUGCCUCAUUCAUUAAUACGUGCUUUCCAUAUAUAUUUUGCAAAGAAAAGUGUAGUAAUACGUAUGAACUUAAAACCAGUU